CAGCGUUUCACGAAGUCUUCUUCCCGUGUCGGUGAUAUUCUGAAGUUAAAAAGGCCAAAAAGAGGCGGCUUCGACAGUUAUUUAGAAAGAACCACUUAUCCCAGACUGCCUCCUCUGAUGCCUUGAUUGGACACCACACACUUGACUAGAGAAGGUUUUAGCAAAUGUCGCCGCCUAAAAGCAGUGGAAAGAAUGUUGUUUUAGGAAAGGUGCCAACAACAACGUGGUCAUGAAUGCAUCUCACGGACAGAAUGAAAGUGGUGGAAAUUCCAAGUGGAUGUGUCAAACUCUGGCAGCGGAAAGUGUCGUUGGUGUCUUAGGAAACCUCUUGGUGUGCUUCGUCAUUCUGCGCGUUAAAUUCCUACACAACAUGACGAACUAUCUGCUUGUAAAUUUGGCAGUGGCAGACAUGCUGGUGUGUCUUCAAGCUUUUUUCUAUCACUUGGUUGCACAUGAAAGCUGUGCAUUGCUUCAUUAUAUUCCUUCAAGCUUUGGUGGGAGGGAACUUUAUUGUCGACUCCUGACAUCUCGAUUUCUAACAUGGGCUUUCAGCUAUGCAUCAGCGUACUGCCUAUCGCUAGUAACAUUAGAGAGGUAUGUUGCCAUAGUGUAUCCGCUGAAGUACGAAAGAAAACUCACAACUGUACGAAUGAAAAGUCUGAUUGCUCUGGCAUGGGCAAUGUCGGUUUCACUAUCAAUGCCAUUUCUAUUCACAACUGAGCCCAUUGAUGAGCCUGACCAAACGUGCUCAACAAUCACAUAUCCCCAUCAGGCAUUUCCUUCCGUUGUUAGUGUGGUUGCAUUCGUCACGGCUUAUCUACUUCCCGUAAUUCUAAUGACUCUGGCCUACUAUAAGAUGCAGGCCACUCUCAAAAGACAAGCCAAAGCCCUCAACCUGCAGCAUGCGAGGGCAGCAGCCUACGAUCUUGUGAUUGCUAGACAGCGUCUGGUAAGCAUGCUCAUCAUAGUCUUGGGAGCUCUCUUAAUCCUGUGGGCUCAGAGUUACAUAGGCAUUCUUAUUUGCCUGCAUCCAACAGAGGAGUCUUAUUUUACCUUUUGUGGUUCAAUAGAGUACUCGUACGUCAGAGGAUUCAGCGAUUUUGCCUUUUAUUUAAACUCCGCCAUUAACCCUGUAAUCUAUGAAUUCAAAUACAAGAAAUUCAGGCAAGGCCUGAAGGCUGCAUUUUGCCCCUGCUCGAAAAGGCAUGGUAAUAACAGAAUUGACUUUGAGAUGGCACCAUAAUACGUAAACAUUUCUGAAACAAAACGUGAGAAUUAUUAUACACCACGAAUAGUUCGUCAGACACUUGUCUUGUAUGCGAAUAGAAGACAUAUUAAACAGUGUAACAAAAGUUGUAUAAUAGUUGCAGUGCUUUAACAACUUUGUGCGUCGUAAUUAACUGUAAAAAUCAUUUGUAACUCGUGAUAGAUGCAUUGUAUUGCAGAUUCAUGUUGACCUUGGCAUGUACAUAAACAAAGCCUACACUAUUCAAGUUUACGCUUCUUGUAAAUAUUAUACUGUAUAAACCAACGCCCAUUAUUAAACGCAGGUUCAUACUUCAGGCAAAGACGAAAGUGGAGCAAAUUUGUCGUCACGAAAGAUUUGCAGCAAAAUCUAGCUCGAGUUGAAAUGUAUUCAACUUCCGCGAAUUCGCGGGGCGAAUGUUUGAUCCCAUGUAACAACUCGCAUUCGUGUUCACUUUCGCGUGAAGUAUGAACCGGUAAUAACUCGUCUUUGAAUUAAUUGUAAACAUGUAAGUGUUUAAAAUUAAACACCAGUUAAUGGAAACAGACGUGUUUGGGUGUUUAGGAAGCGUUACAACCCGAUAAGCGUUUUUUGUGUCUUGUUAGUUACACCAAAACGUUUCUUUGUGUCUAAAUUUAUUAACACGUCAGCAUGGAAAGUUGUUUAAAAAAAUAAACACCACAACAUGUUAAGCUCUGCAUUAUUAUCACCACAACACGUUCAUAAGUAAUACCAUGGAGGCAUUUAAUGGUGUUAAAUCAUUACCACAUAUUUUUACAGUGUACACGAAUUAGCAGAUGAUGACCGUUUGUUGAUACCUAUAUAUAUAAUGACUGUAAUUAGUAAAAUGAAUUUAAUGCU